CCCUCCAUUUUCGCCAAACAACCAUUCGUCUCCGUAAAACGAGAAGAACAUAUUUUUCUCUGUCUUUUUCGUCUUCCUUAGUCCCAGUUCAUUUCAAUAACUGAUAUUCAAUCUUUUCUGCUUCGAUUUUUUUAAAAGAAAGACAAAAUUAAGCUACUAUUAAUAUAAGUUUCGAAGCAGCUUCAAAACAAAUGGAGGCGAUUGAAUAUUGGUUAUCAAUUUUUUGGCGGUUUCCUUUUGGGUUGUGAGUUGGAAGAUUGGUAGAUUUUUUGAUUGAUCAAGUUUUGAAUGGCGGUAGAGUACAGAUGUUGCGAGUCGGAGUUCUUCAUUCAUAUUUUGGUCAUUGUAUUUUUGGUAGUAUUCGCGGGAAUGAUGUCUGGCCUUACAUUGGGCCUCAUGUCGUUAAGUCUUGUUGAUCUUGAAGUCCUUGCCAAGUCUGGAACUCCAAGUGAUCGUAAAAAUGCUGCCAAGAUAUUGCCUGUUGUACAAAACCAGCAUUUGUUGCUCUGCACCCUACUUAUCUGCAAUGCUGCUGCUAUGGAGGCACUUCCCAUCUUUCUUGACAGCCUAAUAACAGCUUGGGGUGCUAUACUGAUUUCUGUCACAUUGAUUCUUCUAUUUGGUGAGAUCAUUCCACAAUCCGUUUGCUCUAGAUAUGGACUGGCCAUUGGUGCAACUAUGGCCCCAGUUGUCCGCGUUCUUGUUUGGAUCUGCUUUCCGAUUGCAUAUCCAAUAAGCAAGCUAUUAGACUAUCUGCUAGGUCAUCGAAACAGUGGUCUUUUCCGACGAGCUGAGUUGAAAACUUUAGUACAUUUUCAUGGAAAUCAGGCUGGUAAAGGUGGAGAACUAACAAAUGAUGAGACAACUAUAAUUGCUGGUGCUCUGGAGCUUCACGAUAAAACAGCCGGUGAUGCUAUGACCCCCAUAUCUGAAACCUUUUCUAUUGAUAUUAAUGGGAAGUUGGACAGGGAUUUGACGAAUUUAAUUUUGUCGAAAGGGCAUAGCAGGAUACCAGUCUACUAUGAGCAACCUAAAAACAUAAUUGGACUUCUUCUGGUCAAGAACUUAUUAACCAUCCAUCCAGAAGAUGAAACCCCUGUAAAAAAUGUUACUAUCCGAAAGAUCCCAAGGGUCCCAUAUACUAUGCGAUUGGAUGACAUCUUGAAUGAGUUUCAGAAAGGUCAUAGUCAUAUGGCUGUGGUUGUAAGACAGUGCAACAAAGAGAUGGUUCAACCUGCUCGCCAAGCCGAUGCUGAUGAUUCUGUUCAAGAUGUCAGAGUAGACAUUGAUGUUGAAAAGCCUCCGCUGGAGAAGAGCAUGAAGAGUAGAUCAUUGCAGAAGUGCAAGAGUUUGCCCAAUGGUGGAAACGCUUCAUCCAAAAGAAAUAGGAGCAGGAGGACGUGGUCAAAAGAUAUGCAAUCAGACAUUCUGCGAAUAGACGAAACUCUGCCAAAUAUCCCUGAUGAGGAAGAAGUUGUCGGGAUAAUAACAAUGGAAGAUGUUAUUGAAGAGCUUUUACAGGAGGAAAUUUUCGACGAGACUGAUCAUGCAAAGCAUUUGUAGUAGCAGUUCUUUUUGUAUUUUAAUAUAUAAGAAAGUAAGGUGUAAUUGCAAAAAUUUGUAUGUCUGAGUAAUUCACUUUACUGGACUGGAGUAAGGACUCAGUUACCAGUGUACACACUCGCCGUGUUUGCUGGAUUGAAAGAACUUGGCAUCCAGAACGUACAUAGAAAAAAAUAUAUUCUUUUGUUAUAUAUAUUGCUUUUUUAUUCAUGUAGUUUAGUUCGUCACCAGGGGCGGAGCUAGGGUGGCGGAAGGGGGUUCACCUUAAUCCCCCUUCGCUAAAAAUUUAUAUUGUAUAUAUAAGGUUAAAAUUAUUUUUAUGCAUAAAUAGUAGGUGUUGAAUCUU